GUCUCCACUCGCCAGGCCCGCAGGUCGAUCCCUGAGGGGCAGCUCGCGCCUCCGCCCCGCCCAGGCAGCACUAGCGGCACCCCGAGCGGCAGGCCCCACCCGGUCCCUCCCCGGUUCCGCCCCGAGAGCAAAGGGCGCUGCCCAAAGCGUGGCAGAUCUAGCCGUUGGCCUGUGUGAAGUCGCGCGGCUCCCACCCACGCAGUGUUGUGAGUGAAGCCCGGAAAGUUGAUCACCAUGUCAACUGCAGAGGCGGGGGGUGUUUUCCACAGAGCCCGGAGCAGGACCCUGGACGCGUUUCCUGCAGAAAAGGAAGGGGAAUGGAAAGGCCCAUUCUACUUCAUCCUGGGUGCAGACCCACAGUUUGGGCUGAUGAAGGCCUGGUCCACUGGGGACUGUGACAAUGGUGGUGACGAAUGGGGACAGGAGAUCCGUCUCACUGAGCAAGCUGUCCAGGCCAUCAACAAGCUGAACCCCAAACCCAGAUUCUUCGUCCUGUGUGGCGACCUCAUCCACGCCAUGCCCGGGAAGCCGUGGCGGAAGGAGCAGACAGAGGACCUACAGCGAGUGCUCAGGACCGUGGACAGGGCCAUCCCACUGGUCCUCGUCAGUGGCAACCAUGAUAUUGGCAACGUCCCCACAGCUGAGACCGUCGAGGAGUUCUGCCAGACUUGGGGAGAUGACUACUUUAGCUUCUGGGUCGGAGGUGUGCUGUUCCUGGUCCUCAACUCCCAGUUCUACGAGAACCCCUCCAAAUGCCCCGGCCUGAAGCAGGCACAGGACCAGUGGCUGGAUGAGCAGCUGAGUAUCGCGAGGCAGCGGAACUGCCGGCACGCCAUCGUCUUCCAGCACAUCCCUCUGUUCCUGGAGAGCAUCGACGAGGAUGACGACUGCUACUUCAACCUCAGCAAGCCCGCUCGGAAGAGGUUGGCAGACAAGUUCAUCCACGCAGGUGUCAAAGCCGUGUUCUCAGGCCACUACCACAGGAAUGCUGGGGGCACCUACCAGAACCUCGACAUGGUGGUGUCAUCUGCCAUCGGAUGCCAGCUAGGCCUAGACCCCCAUGGGCUCCGAGUCGUGGUGGUCACUGCCGACAAAAUUGUUCACCGAUACUACAGUCUGGAUGAGCUGAGUGAGAAAGGAAUAGAAGACGAUCUCAUGGAUUUGAUAAAGAAAAAAUGACGGUCUUUACUGUUUGGUUCACUUUUUACUUGCACUUUUUUUUUAUUUUCUGCCAGAAACAGCAACUGCACACAACCUCUUGCUGAAAUACAAAAAUAACCCAGGCAGGUUUGUGAAUUUCUGUCCUUCUGCAUAAAUCAGAGAGCUGGUGCCCUAUCCUGAAUUAUAUUCAAAAUAGAACUUCAUUUCCUUUAAAAUGGAGCAAGAGAGCCUGGAAAUAGGUUUUAAAAAUGAUAUUAGACUAUCUCUGCAUGGAUGUUUGAAUAAAUUCUCCUAAUGCUAUGUUUCCCAACUCCACUUUUGAAUGGAAUUGUUUUCUGGUUGGCAUACGAUCAAAGCCUAUCAACCUCCAUUCCUAUCAGAUAUCCAAGUAUGAUUUUUGAUAAUUCCUUAAACAAACUAUACCUGAUUAUAUUAAAUUGUGGUUAUGAUUCCCAAAAUGCUGGGCAAAACAAACUUCAUCUCCUUUCCUUCCCAGCAGAAUGAACAGCUGUAUUCCUUAUUACGAGAGCCAUGCACACUUAGGUAAACAAGGAGCCAAGUAGCCACCUUUUGCUGUUAAAUUCUGAGACUUCUGUUAUUGCUGAUGAUAGGAACAGAAUGCAGCUGAUAUAGCCCAGAACUUAAAUUUGCCUUCCUGGGUGCCUAGGAAAGUCACCUUUGCACAUAAAUUGGCCAUUUAUGAAAAUCUCUUCCCUAGAGACUGAAACCGCAACUCUAAAACGCCCCUUCUCCAGUCGCUGGGCAGCACAUUCCGAAUUUGUUCACAUCCACAUUCUGGCUCUGUAGCCACUUUGCGGAUAGUUGGUCUCAUGGGAUCAUAAUCCCCCUUCAUUUGUGAGACUCUUAAUUGUGUCCACUUUGACAGAAAAAGUGGAAAUGUAUGCUGAGCUCUCAGAAGAAACAAAGCAGUUUAGGUCUUCGUGGAGAAAUAGAAAAAAAAAGAAAGAAAG